AUGUCGCUUUCUUCUCGGGGCGCGAUUGCGCGAGCCCUGAGGCUUGACGUGUUAAGAUUGCCAUCUCGAGCAUAUUCUCGACCCUUAACACCUACUCUCUAUCUACGAUUCUGUUUUACGAGGAAGUUGUCUUCGAUCAACUCCAUUAAUGUCGGGCAACAGACCACUACUCCCCACCGUGCUUUUUCGACCACUCGUUGCCUACAAUCCGAAGCAUCUAUCCAGAACCUAGUCGAUAUUCUCCCUGUUUGCUGUCCGGGAUGCGGUGCAUUCUCCCAGACGAUCGAAUCGGACGAGCCAGGCUAUUACGGCAAGAGUCGCAAGCAGAGACGAAAGCCGUCCAAGAAAGACGACACAGAGCAGCAAAUUACAGACUCGGAGGAUGUGGCCGUCUCAAGUACCCAAGAUAGUUCAGUUCAGGAUUCUGCGUAUCUUACCGGAGAGUCUACGGUUCCCAAGCCUAUCCAAGGUGGAGCUUUACCAGACGAGUGGUUCCAAUCUUCCCCGAUCCCUUCGACUGAGUCGCAAAAGCAAAUCAACCAGGUUUGUGAUCGAUGUCAUGAUUUGAUUCACCACAACAAGGCAGUCUCCGCGCCCAAACCGACGAUCCUUGCCAUCCGAGAGUUCCUGAACGAGUCGCCAUACAAAGACAACUGUGUCUAUCAUAUUGUCGAUGCUGCAGAUUUCCCGAUGUCCUUGAUCCCGCGCAUACACCAGGCACUAUCGCUCCAGGAACAACGAUCUCGAAACCGAAGAGCCGCAAAUGAAAAGUACAUUGGGGGAAAAAAGUUGGCCACCCUCAACUUUAUCAUCACGCGCUCCGACUUGCUGGCUGCGACAAAGGAUCAAGUUGACUCGAAGAUGGAAUACGUUCGCUCAAUACUCCGCGAGUCAUUGGGGAAAGCCGGGAAAGAUGUUCGUCUGGGUAACGUCCAUAUGAUCAGUGCGCGUCGUGGCUGGUGGACGAAGCAAGUUAAGGAGGAAAUAUACAAGCACGGUGGAGGAAUUUGGGUUGUUGGCAAGGCUAAUGUGGGGAAGAGUAGCUUCAUCGAAGCCUGCUACCCCAAGAACUCAAGGAAUAUGGAGAACAUGGCUGAGUGGAUCCAUCAACAACGAGAAGAGAAUGAGGUCUCGAAACACGGACAGGCCGGUUUCCUUGAUCUCAUUUCUCCUGACAGUCUCCUUCCUCCUGCACCUCGUGAAGAUGCAUUUCCAGUGCUACCGGUCAUUUCCUCGCUGCCAGGAACAACUGUUUCGCCCAUUCGUAUUCCAUUCGGCCGUGGAAAGGGUGAAAUGAUCGACCUACCAGGAAUGGAACGUGGUCAGCUUGAGGACUUUGUCCGUGACGACCAUAAACGUGAUCUUAUCAUGGUCAAGAGAGUCAAGCCAGAGCGCUGUACCAUCAAACCUGGCCAGUCUCUUCUUCUUGGUGGUGGUCUCGUGCGCAUUACACCCGUUAAUCCCGAGGACACUGUUUUGGCCGCUUGUUUCGUGCCCAUCGAGAGCCACAUUACAAAGACUGACAAGGCGAUUGAAAUGCAAAACGAACAACGACCUUACUCAGGAAAGAUUCUCAUGAAAGAAGGCACCGGUAGCUCUAUUGCUUCGGCAGGGAAAUUCGAUCUCGAAUGGGAUAUCACCGCUUCCAACCUCCCCGACUCAGUCGCAAAGGCUGUCAAAGACAAGAAGAUUCCCAUCCCUCCGCUCCCGUACCGAGUGAUGUCAGCCGACAUCCUGAUUGAAGGCUGCGGCUGGGUGGAAGUCAGUGUGCAAGUGCGCGCUAAGCGCAAUUCGGAGACCGAGUCCCCCUCAUAUCCCCAGAUUGAGGUGUUUACUCCCGAGGGGAAACACAUUGGAUCUCGACCACCGAUUGAAUGUUGGAAUUUCAUUGCAGAGAAGAAGAAGGCAGAUAAGCGCAAGAGGCCGCGUCUGCGUUACCGGUAUAGUUAA